AUGUCGCCUCCAUUAAGCCAGCCAGUUGUUCAACCCGUUUUUUCAGAUCCGCUGCAAGGUUCUCCAGCUAGAGAAGAAGGUGGAGUUCCUGAGUCUGAGUUGGAUCCUGAGUUCCUGACACAAGGCGAAGGCUUCUCAUAUUACAGCAUGGUCAAGAAACAAGAGAUCCUACACCUCCACUCCCAGCAAUACCGCCAGUGCAAGUUCCAGCUCCUCCAGUGCAACCUCAUGGGAAUUGGUUUCCAGCAGAGGAUGGGAUGA